CUAAUAAUGAAGUUUUCCUUCCGAGGUUUUUCCUGUUAUACUAUCAAAUGACGGGUUACGGCAAGGCUAGCUUGUCAAUGCCGUGCUAGGGAUGGCUCAGACCCAUGUUUACUUCCUUCUCGUCCAAAUAACUUGGACCUUUCAACCUCCAGGGAUGGUGUCUACUAUGCUUCCCCAUCCUCUUUAGGAUGUAUAUGCGUGAGCAUCUUCUCCGUAUACAAAUAACCUGCAUUUCCCCGCAAAAUCAAGCUCCAUCGACGGCCAUACCCAGACGACAAGACCAUCGAGCACCACUCAAUUGCACACCUCAAGACUAGAACUCUUCCUCUUCUGUUUCUACUUUCAAUCCCACACGCGGCCAUGAGUGAGAAGGAAGAAGGGUCGGCCACGGCGGCCAUUGAGACCGUCCUCGCACACAACCCUCCAACCACUCCAGUGGGCGCCGACGUGCAUUGGUGGCAGCAACCGAACCUACGCAACUUAUACCUCCUGAUGCCCUUUUUAUUCCUGGGCUCCACGACCCUUGGCUAUGACGGCAGUCUCGUCAACGGCCUGCAGACCAUGCCCUCAUGGCAAGACUUCUUCAACCACCCCACCGGCGCCGCCCUCGGCAUCAUCGGUGCCAUUCCCGGUUUUGGCGGCCUUGCCAUUCUCCCCUUUGCCCCCUACAUCGUGGACAACUUUGGUCGCCGCGCCGGAAUCGCCAUCGGCUGUCUGACCGUCUUCCUCGGCGCCCUCCUACAGUCUUUCCCCAACCCGUCCCACCCAAAUGAAAUCUACCUUGCCGGCCGCUUCAUUAUCGGCAUUGGCGGCACUCUGACGAACGGCGCAACCCCCCUCCUCAUCACCGAGAUCUCGCAUCCUAGACAUCGCGGCAGAGCCACCACCAUCUACAACACCCUGUGGUACUUGGGAGCCAUCAUCGCCGCCUGGGUCGGCUACGGCACCCUAUCCCACAUGACUGGCAACAUCCAGUGGCGCCUGCCAACAGGUCUGCAACUUGCCAUGCCAGGCCUCCAACUCCUCGCCCUCUACUUCAUCCCCGAGUCCCCCCGGUUCCUUAUCAGCAAGGAGCGAAAUGACGAGGCCCUCGCCUUCCUGCUCAAGUACCACGGUGACUGCGGCGCCGAUGCCUUCGCCCGCUGGGAGUUUUCCGAGAUCCACGAGACGCUUCAUAUGGAGAAGGCGGCUGCGGACAGCAGUGGGUGGUAUGAAUUGGUCCGCACGCCGGGGAAUCGCAAGAGGUGUUUCCUCAUCGUCUGCACGGCCAUCUUCUCGCAAUGCUCUGGCAACGGAUUGGUGUCCUACUAUCUCUCCUCCAUCCUCAAAACUAUCGGGAUCACUAGCUCCACAAAGCAAGCCCUCAUCAACGGCGGCCUCACCAUCUGGGCCUUCCUUGUCUCCCUCUGCUUCGCCUUCACAGUCGACAAGCUUGGGCGACGCUUCCUCUUCCUCUUCGCUGGCCUCGGCAUGCUAGUCACCUUCACGGUUUGGACCGCCUGCAGCGCCGUGUACGCCAAGAACGGAAGCACCGAGGCCGGCUCCGCCGUGCUCGCCAUGAUCUUCCUCUUCUACGGCGUCGCCGGUCUCGCCUGGCCAGGUCUCACAGUCUCCUAUACAGUUGAGAUCCUGCCCUACAACAUCCGUGCCAAGGGAUUGACACUCUGCUUUGUCUUCACGCAGUUGUCUGGUGUGUUCAACCAGUAUGUCAACCCAAUUGGCCUCCAGAAUCUGGCGUGGAAAUUCUACUUUGUGUAUAUCGCGGUGCUGGUGAUUGAAUGCGCGGUGAUCUACUUCUUCUACGUCGAGACGAAGGGUCCGACGCUCGAGGAGAUCGCGGUGCUGUUUGAUGGGGAUGACGCGAAUGUCAUGGCCGAGCCUAUGGAGGGGAAGAAGACAGUGGGACACUUGGAGGACAUGUCGUAAGAAGGGGUGUAAGAUCAUCAAUUGUUAAGUUCUCCAUAUGAAUGAUAUGCUGAAUCUAUACGUAUACUUUGUGGUACGUUGAGUUGACCGAGAUGCGAGUUGAACACAUCUCUUCGAGCUAGCUAGCUCCCAGCCACCACCCUGUACUACCUUCAUUGAAUGUAUAACCUCUCGCACUUCAUGUAUUAAUGAUAUGAAUAACUUUAGGAUGUCAUCAUAUCCUCAAAUGUCGACCGAGCAUCAGACAACACAGUAUGCGCGGUCCUAUAAGUUUGGACACGCUUAUCGUCACCGGCCUCGCUCUUCGAUGUCAACGAAAUGGAUUCGCAGCGAUUUCGCAGCGAUACCAGUGGCUCUAUUGUGGCCACAAGGUUCAGCUGGCCAUGGGCCUGAGAAAUACGUGGACGUAACGUCGCUCUAGGAUACGCUAUAGAUGCAUUGGCACAGAAUUCACAAGUGGAUUGAAGUUUACACAGAGAACCAAAGUCUCUGCCAUAGAUUCAUUUUUAUAUCCUGUGCUUGAAUAGGUACAGAG